GUAUUAUCAGUGAAUAUGGUAUUUGUUGAGGAAAAGGCUCUACAGCAGGUAAAGCAAGGCAAGUUGUCUGCUAAAGAGCUGUGUGAAAAAUGCAUCCAGAGAGCAUCAAAAGUUCGAGAACUCAAUGCUUUUAUAACUGAGACCCCAGAGGUGGCCAGACAACAGUUGCUAUCUGUCCAGAAAGGGUCUACAGUCUUGAAUGGUAUACCAGUUGCAGUGAAAGACAAUUUUUGUACAAAAGAUAUCCGCACAACCUGUGCCUCUCAUAUGCUGCAGAACUAUAUACCACCUUACAAUGCGACAGUGGUCCAGCGUCUAUAUGACCAGGGUGCUGUACUUGUUGGAAAAACAAAUUUAGAUGAAUAUUCUAUGGGUUGUGGAGCCAUAGACAGUAUCUACGGACCAGUGCGUAACCCUUGGAAGUAUUCAUUCAGUUCACAAGUUCAGGAGAGUGAAAACACCGUAUCGUCUGGUUCACAAACUGAAAAAGUUAGACAAGGAACAAGGACUAUUCAUACAUCUUGUGUUAACAGCAGGGUACCGGAACCAAGAGCUGAAAAUUGUAAGGAGGAUUCUGAUUGGUUCAUUUCUGGAGGAAGUUCGGGUGGCAGUGCUGUUGCUGUGGCAACUGGUUCCUGUUUUGGAGCACUAGGAUCAGAUACAGGAGGUUCAACUCGUAAUCCCGCCUCGUACUGUGGUGUGGUAGGUUUGAAACCAACAUACGGACUGGUGUCUAGAUACGGUCUUAUACCUCUUGUCAAUUCACUAGAUGUUCCAGGGAUACUGACAAAAACUGUGGAUGAUGCAACAAUAAUAUUGAACAGUUUAGCUGGCCAUGAUAAUAAUGAUUCUACAACUGUAACUGAUGACUUUGUUCCCUCUUAUCUUGAGGAAACACCAUCUGUAAAAGGGCUGCAUGUUGGAAUACCAAAGGAAUAUAAUGCCCCAGGUUUAAGUGAUGAGGUAAAAUCAGCAUGGAGUGGGGUAGCAGAUAUGUUGGAGAAUGCGGGGGCACAUGUUACACAGGUGUCCAUGCCAUAUACACAGUACUCAAUCACCACUUACAGCAUACUCUGUGCUUGUGAGGUUGCCUCGAAUAUGGCAAGAUAUGAUGGCAUUGAAUUUGGACACAGAGCAGAAAAUGAUGUAUCUACAGAGGCUUUAUAUGCUCAAAGCAGACAUGAAGGCUUCAAUGAUGUUGUCAGAGGAAGAAUAUUUGCUGGGAACUACUUUUUACUCAGAGAAAACUAUGAGCGAUAUUUCAAGAAGGCGCUUAGAGUGAGGAGACUAAUUAGCAAUGAUUUUGUUAAUGUGUAUAACACUGGGAUUGACGUGUUGUUGACUCCAACGACCUUAACAGUGGCGCCCUCUUACAGCUGGUUUUCCAAGGCAGAUAAUCGCACACGUACUGCAGAACAAGAUCUGUUUACACAGCCUAUAAAUAUGGCAGGUGUUCCUGCUGUCUCAGUACCAGUGAAAGUGUCAUCUUCCGGGCUACCAGUCAGUUUACAAAUCAUAGGACAGAAGUUUCAAGACCAUAAAAUGUUGAAUGCUGCCAAAUGGAUAGAACAGAAUGUCAACUUCAAAAGACUUAAUCUAGACUUUUUGGAUAGCUCUUGAUGUUAAAUGUUAAAACUGUUUUGUUAUGGAGAGGAAUUACAGUCCUGAAUGAAUUCAUGUGAUGUCUAUUAUGUUAAACUUCGCGAGAAAGAAUAAAAGUUGCUUUGUU